CUUUUCCAAUGCGUGCACAACACAGUUCAACCUCCCCUUAGAUUAUACCGACAACCAGUUAACACCCGAAGUGAACUCCCCAAACCGCCCUGUGUCGGAGAAUAAAGCAUCCUAUUCAUGCUGCGUCUGCAGGGCACCCUCUAGCGACUCUUGGCAUAGUAAUGCAAUCAAAGCGUGGUAGGAGGGUUCAGGUCCUCUCAGAUCACUGAAGCGCACAACUGGAGAGGCAGUUGGCAUAGCAGCUGUGCUGAGAUCAGCUGGUGUGGUGACGGCUAGCAGUGCCAUUGACUCCGAUCAGUGAGGCGGAGGAGCACGUUAUGGACGUCAAGCUGCGGCGUGUGAGAUAGUGUCCGCUGUGCUUGCGCUCACUUCCCUGCGUGCACAAUGAACAACAUCAGCUGCUUUUGUUGACACUUCACCUCUUUCUCCGCCGCUCUCGCUGACUCCGCAGUUUCAAUUCUGCAUUCUCAUCAUCCGUGUUCACUGAUGCAGAGGUCAUCAAACCUGUGUGUGUGUGUGUGUGUGUGUGUGUGCGUGUGUGUGUGUGCGCGCACACCGCUGUUUGAAUUGGCACUGACGUCAUAUAUGUUGACUGCAAAACAGACACAUUCCACUUCUUCUUUUUUUGUGUCAAGGCUCAGUGUCACGUGAUGUUGUGCAUGGAAGCUUUUGACAUCAUGUGAUUACAGGGACAAGCUUGUUUUAUUGUCUGUGUGUGUGUGUGUGUGUGUGUGUGUGUGUUGCUGCCUCAAGCAGGUCGUUGCUCCAGCUGGCCAGUGUUAAUUAAAAUGGUUCCUCUUCAUGCUGCCUGUGCCCUGCUGAGCCUCGCGCCCCUGUUGGUGCUUGGGGGUCGUCCCAUUUGGACCCAGCCAGAGCAAGUGCACCUCUCUUAUCCAGGAGUGCCAGGUUCCAUGAGGGUAACCUGGACCACCUUCAAUGAGACCGAGAGCAAGGUGGAGUACGGUCUUCUGGGAGGUCGGCUUUUUGAGUUGAGCGCCAAAGGGGGCGCUACUCUGUUUGUGGACUCGGGCGAGGAGAAGAGAGAGAUGUACAUCCACAGGGUCACUCUCACGGACCUCAAACCCGCUGCUACCUACGUCUACCACUGUGGGAGUGACGAGGGCUGGAGCGACGUGUUCUCCUUCACUGCGCUGAACGACAGCACAAGCUUCAGUCCCAGAUUUGCUCUGUACGGGGACCUGGGCAACAAGAACCCUCAGUCUCUGGCUCGACUGCAAAAGGAUACGCAGCUCGGCAUGUACGAUGCCAUCCUGCACAUCGGUGACUUUGCCUACGAUUUGCAUGAGGACAAUGCCAGGAUCGGAGAUGAGUUCAUGAGGCAGAUUCAGUCCAUAGCCGCCUACGUGCCCUACAUGACCUGUCCAGGCAACCACGAGUCUACAUAUAACUUCUCCAACUACAGGAAUCGCUUCAGCAUGCCAGGCCAGACGGAGAGCCUGUGGUACAGCUGGAACCUCGGGUCAGCGCACAUCAUCUCCCUCUCCACGGAGGUUUAUUUCUAUCUCGAAUUCGGCCAGGAGCUGAUCUUCAAGCAGUACGAGUGGCUGAUGAAAGACCUGGAGGAGGCCAACAAGCCGGAGAACCGAGCAGUGCGUCCGUGGAUCCUCACCAUGGGACACAGACCCAUGUACUGCUCCGAUGACGACCAGGACGACUGCACCAUGUUUGACUCCUACGUCCGACUGGGACGGAGUGACAUCGAACCGCCAGCUCCGGGUCUAGAGGAUCUAUUUUACCGCUAUGGCGUGGAUGUGGAGUUGUGGGCACAUGAGCACACAUACGAGAGGCUAUGGCCCGUCUACGGGGACAAGGUGUACAAUGGGAGCAAAGAGCAGCCUUAUGUGAACCCAAAGGCUCCAGUACACAUCAUAACGGGCUCUGCUGGCUGCAGAGAGAAGACCGACAGGUUCAAUCCAAACCCCAAAGAGUGGAGCGCUUUCCGCAGCAUGGACUACGGCUACACCCGCAUGCAAGUAGUCAAUGCCACCCACCUUUACUUGGAGCAGGUCUCCGAUGACCAGUAUGGGAAGGUGAUAGACAGCAUCUGGGUGGAGAAGGAAAAGCAUGGCAUCUCUGCGUGGUUCUGAAGACCGCCAUGCACUUUGAACUUCAGACGAUCACAUUUUGUCGUGCGUCACACCAAUCAUGUUCUGAUGAUGGACGUUUAAAUUCCUAUUCGUUCAGCAUUUUUAAAUUUAACAUGUAGUGAACCCUUUGAUUUCAGACAUUUUAAUCUAAUUUUAAGACCACUACAGGAUGAUCAUCUACUGUAAAUGUAUCUAAUGAAACAUACAUUUAAAUAAUUGAUUUUAAUGGAUCAAUUUGUCCUUAAUCAAAAUCAUCAUCAAUGUAGUCCAACUAUAUUUAAUUUAUUUAAUUUA